GGGCGAGGCAGUGUGGCCCCCCCAUCCCGCCUGGUUCUGUCGGUUGAGGCGAGCCGAGAGUAAAUAGAAGCAGGAGCCCAAAAUGGCGGAGUCGUCGAGUCCUGUUUGUGGUGCGGCGUCACCUGAGCAGGAGUCGUUUAGCGCCAGGCCGGCCCCGGACGUGAAGGUUUCCCGUGGGUCUCAGCCAGCCGCCAAGAAGAUGAAGGCAGCCGAUGAGAGGAGCCUAAAGGGUACUAAGCGUGUCAACGGUGAAGGGGGCAGUGGUGGCGGCAGUGGUGGGAGCGGCAAGCAGUCUCUGUCUUUGCCAGCGGUCGUAACGAGCUACAGCAAUGCCCCCGCGUGGGGCUUCCCGGCGCUCCCUUCUGGCCCCUCCGGGAGCGCGGGGAGCUUCGCGUUCCCUUCUCAACUGCCCCGGAAGCUACUAUCGCCCGCCGUUUUGCUGCCUUCGUCCGCCUCCUCCUCCUCUUCCUUCCAACAGCACCAGCAUCGCCACCACCGUCACCGCCUGGCUCUGGCCGUUGAGGCGGGGGGCUGCGGUAGCGGUGGGGUGGCCGGCGCUGGCGGAGGGAGCGCCAAGCCGAAGAGGCCGAAGGAAAAACGGGACAAGGAGAGGAGAAAGCAUGGGGCCCUAGCGCUGGUCGCGGCGGUGGGAGAUGGCGGCGGGGGCCUGAGCGCAGCAGGACGGGAAGAGAACGGAGAGGUGAAGCUGCUGCUGCCGAAAGCUCAAAUCAAAGAUAAAAUUAAAGAAAGGGAAAAGAAGCAAAAAGAGAAGAAGAAGCACAAAAUAAUGAAUGAAAUGAAGAAAGAAAAUGGAGAGGUCAAAGUAUUGCAGAAAGGUGGGAAGGAGAAACCUAAAACCAAUGCAGAAGAGCUACAGAUUAAAAAAGUUAAGAAGAAAAAGAAAAAGAAACAUAAAGAGAAUGAGAAGAGGAAGCGUCCAAAAAUGUACAGCAAAUCCAUUCAGACCAUCUGCUCAGGAUUGGUUUCUGAUAUUGAGGAACAGGAAGCCAAAGGCAUCAUAGAUGAUCAUCUUAAGGAUUUCAAUGGGAAAAAUAUGGAUCUCAAGAAGGACUAUGAGUCCAAGAUACCAGAGAACAGUGAGUUUCCAUUUGUCUCGUUAAAGGAGCCACGGGUUCAAAAUAAACUCAAAAGGCUGGACACAUUGGAGUUCAAACAGCUGAUUCAUAUUGAGCACCAGCCUAACGGAGGUGCAUCAGUUAUCCAUGCCUACAGUAAUGAACUCUCCCACUUAUCUCCUGUGGAGAUGGAGAGAUUUGCUGAAGAGUUUGUGGGUCUGGUUUUUAGUGAAAAUGAAAACUGUGCAGCUUACUAUGUAAUGGGUAUUGUUCAUGGGGCAGCUACUUAUUUACCUGACUUUUUAGACUACUUUUCAUUUAAUUUUCCCAAUUCACCAGUGAAAAUGGAGAUUUUGGGAAAGAAAGAUAUAGAGACAACGACUAUGUCAAAUUUUCAUGCUCAGGUAAAAAGAACAUACUCUCAUGGUACGUAUAGAGCUGGCCCAAUGAGACAGAUCAGCCUGGUUGGAGCAGUUGAUGAGGAAGUGGGGGACUACUUCCCUGAAUUCCUUGAUAUGUUGGAAGAGUCACCCUUCUUAAAAUGUACACUGCCGUGGGGAACACUUUCUAGUUUAAAAUUAGAGAGUCGUAAAGACAGUGAUGAUGGCCCCAUUAUGUGGGUACGGCCGGGAGAACAGAUGAUCCCUGUGGCUGACAUGCCAAAGUCACCUUUCAAAAGGAAGAGAACUACCAAUGAAAUAAAAAACUUGCAGUACCUACCUCGAACCAGUGAACCCCGUGAAAUGCUGUUUGAAGACCGGACACGAGCCCAUGCAGAUCACAUAGGACAAGGUUUUGAACGACAGACUACAGCUGCUGUGGGAGUAUUGAAGGCUGUGCACUGUGGAGAGUGGUCUGAGCAGCCUCGUAUAACCAAAGAUGUAAUUUGUUUUCAUGCUGAAGACUUCUUAGAGGUGGUUCAGCGAAUGCAAUUAGAUUUGCAUGAGCCUCCUCUCUCUCAGUGUGUCCAGUGGGUUGACGAUGCAAAACUCAACCAGCUGCGAAGGGAAGGCAUUCGGUAUGCCAGAAUUCAGUUAUUUGAUAACGACAUUUAUUUUAUCCCAAGGAAUGUUGUGCACCAGUUCAAAACAGUCUCAGCUGUGUGCAGUUUGGCUUGGCACAUCCGCCUCAAGCUCUAUCAUGCAGAGGAAGAACUUUCUCAAAAUACAAGUUCUGUUGAAGCAGAAACCUCUGCAGACUCCAAGUCUUCGGUUAUUGGACUUCAGGCUGACAGAAGAAUUUGUACGAUGAGCAAAAAUACCUCCGAAGACGCUAAAUUUUCAGAUGCUCUGCAGACAAAGCAUCUGCAGCAGGAGCUUGUGCUGGUAAAACAUGAACCUAUUGCAUCUCACAGAGUGAAAGAAGAACCCAUGAAUGUUGAUACUGCUGAAAAAACAGUGGCACCUGAUGAUGUCGGAGGCCAGAAUGUUCAGACUAGGUUGGAUCCUGUUGAGUUGACGGCAUUUAAGUUGGAAGUGAAUUCUAAAUUUGAACCUGGCAACAAGGACUUGCCAGGCAAGUUAUGCCCUGGAGGUCACAUACAGCCAGAUGAUACAAGACAACAUAGCUUAUCAUAUCCAAAACUGCAUGGACAAAGAGAAGAUGAUUUUUUGUGCUAAAUUUGUAUAUGUGGUUUUAAAUUUGUUUUUAAACUUAAUGAUGUAAUAAUGUAAAGAUUCAUGAAUUCUGAGAGGCAGGUUUGUGGCUUGUCUCCACAUCUGUUACAGAAGAUAGUUAUGUAGCUUUGUAACAUUCCUCAGUGCCUGUCCAUAACUGUGAAGUAUCAAAGCACUUAGGGCCAGAUGCACUGUAAACACUGCAGGUUUAACAUAAAGAAGUCUUUAAAGAAUUUUGAGUUCUAGGUUUUAGAGUAGAGCUGACAUUUAACAUAUAUAUUUUUUGUAAGAUGAGCCAGAAUUCUUUUUGACAAUUCCAGGCUUUUCCAUAGAGCUUAUUUAUACCAAUUUUUUCAUUUAAAAUGUGUCAGCACUGUAGUGUAAAUAUCUUUUUUAAAAAAAUCUUUUUAGUGUGAUUUAUACUGAAAUGUGAGCCGCUUAAUAAAGGUUCAUAAUAACAGAUUGGUUUUAUUUUUGGGUCUGCAAAAAGUAAUUCAGUUAAACUGCCUCUCUAAAUGGUUAUGUUCAUACCUGCACUAAUGCAUAGGAUGCCCUUGCACCAUAGUGGGGUGACGAGCUUGUAGCUAACUGAGGUAGAGCUGAGGCAUUCUUAGUAAAUUGACGUCAGUCAGAAUGCAGAAUCAGCCCUUCCUUCACAGGAUUUCUUACGGUUGUUCAUCAAAGGCACUCCCCAAACUACUCCUGUCAGAGACAAACCUUCCCCUGUUGUGGAAGACGGUUGGACACCCACUGGUCUCCAGGAACACUACGAGUAACUGUGCAUCUCUCUACAUGAGCUGAUGCAAAGAAGCAAACUCUUUCUCUAUGUGCCUCUUGGCUUUGCUCAAGCCAGUUAAGACAAUUCUAUUUCGCAUUAAAAAACAAACAAAACAAAAAACAAACAGGUAAACAACAAAUACCCUCCAAACAAACAACCGUUUGCCUCAACUUAAAUCAGUGAUCUGACUAAAACUAAAGAAUGUUUAAAUGGUUACUCAAUGAAGCUAGAAAGGCCUCAACUUCAGUAGUGACCUGCAAUUCAGGAGGCACAUUUGGAUUUGAAUUGCUUCCUGUGCUGGCAGUGCCAAGCAAUAAAGAUUCUUGCCAAUGUGUCAAGUAGGAAUAUCCCUGAUGAGUCCCAGUAUGGAAGCCAGAGAUUUUUCAUUAAUGAAACAACAGCAAUGUCUCAGUUAACUGUUCUCCUCUCUCCCCACCUGUGGAAUGCUUAGACUUCUCUUAAGCAGUGUUCUGAGGGAAGAGGAUUUCAAAGCUACCAUCUGCUGUGAUAAUGGCAAAAGCUCUGUCACUUAACUUAUUUAAUUCUUUGUAUUACGUUGUAUAGUUCAGACACAUCUGAAUGAUAGGUUUAUUUCAGGUAGCUACAAUAGCAGUUAACUGCUCUGCAGCCUGUUCUUCAACUAAGUGUGUAAAACGUAAAAUCCUAGGCCUUUGUUUCUUUCCAAGCUCUUUGUAGCUCUGAUUUGUUGCUGGGGUUUUAAAGUUUUUUUUCAGGAUACUUUUUUCCCCAUAGAUUUCUGAAAGUUCUGCAUCUUCAUGUACCCAGUUCAUAACACUGGUGCACUUGAUGAUCACUUUGGAUUCCCUUGUAGCAAUAGAAUAAUGUGAUUUCCAGGUGAUGUCUGAUUCAACUACCUUAAGACUCUUUUGUUUUAAACGUAUUUUGCUUAUAGGCUAUUAAAAUUCAAAAUACUAUAUUUAUGCCUGGUACUAAAAUCAGCCAUUUAAAAAAUGAGUGCCCUGAAGUGAUUAAAUCUAAAAUAGCUCUGUCAAGGAAUUAUUAGUUAAAUCAAUACUUCAGUUGCUAAAUGUUACCUCUGCAUAGCCAUAAUGACGUAUUAGAGAAGCAAUACAAACAUAAAUCUCUUGGAUCUGGCUAAUAUGUCACUGCUAUUUUCUUUAUUGCUGGCUAAGAGAAUAGUAGAGUUCUGUAGCCUCAGGGAUCUUGCCUUCCCCUUAUGCUAUGAGCAAAUGAUUCAUGUGAAAUGGUAAGUUAUUACUCUAGCAGAUUCUGAUUUGAAAAAUUAAUUGGUUCAUUUAAGAGCUUGAGCCUUCCCAGUGGCAGAAAUGUGGUCUCAGCUGCACCAAGCACACAACUUUCUAAGUGGGUCAGCAGAGGACUUCAGCAGUAUCAAACCCGGCCUUGGGAGAUACUGCUUUUCAGUUAACAAAAUACUAAGUUUAGAAAACCCUAAACAAACCUUUGAGUGUGGGUGAUCCCAAUGCUUAUCAUUCCCUCUGGUUCAGGUAUUAAUUUUUUAACUGUCAGUUUUUAGUAUAGUGUGGGAUUUCUCCUUGACAGCAAAGAGCUUUCUGCCUCACAGGCCCUCUCUGGGCUGAGAAAAAGAAACCUUUGAAAAUGAAACCAUGACUUUCCACUUAAGAGCAGAACUAUUUCUUUUUGAAGACCUGAUAAGUGGUCUUGGCUGAUAUGGCCUCAAACUUUUGCUCAGGUAUGUUGUGGUUCUGAAAUUUUGCUUCUAAACUGCCUACAACAUCAAUCUUCCUUUUUUUUUCCCUCUCUUUUUUUUUUUUUUUAAUGAAUUCAAGAGAUUUUUUUAAAAGUGGCAAUUUUUGCAAUGUUUUUGCAUCCUGUAUUUUUUACUUUUUGUGACAUAUUGUGUUAUCAGUUGUAGACAGAACUUGCAGACAAAACAUGACCAGUCCCAGGAUUACCAAUGGCUGCGGGAAGUCCCUUGGUGUGCAAAGGUGUGAGCAGUUUGGGCAUAUGAUACUUAUUUUGCUUUAAAAAAAAAAGUUAUGUCCUUUUCCUGUGGUAUAUUCCUUUUGUGGUUGCUCUUUAAGAGGGGAGCACCUUUUCUCAGUAUUUCAGCUCCCAAGUUGUCCAUCAGUCUGAUAAAGACCUUGCUUUGGUUUCCAUUGUUCCUAUGCUAUGACUUUUCUUCCUGCCACAUACAACUUCAUAUUCAGACUUGCUUCAGCAAUAAAUCUUUCAUGCCUUCUGAUGUACUCAAACUAGUCUUUGCUUAUUGCUCCCCCCUCUCCCCAGAUUUCAGUUGUGUAUAAAUCUUUCUGUUUCUUUAGGCUGAAAUCUCCAGUGUUGUAGAUGUCUGCCUUGGCCCUUGUUCCUCUGCAGAUUGGACAAAUCUGCUUAAGGCCUUUUGCCUGUACUGCAAUGGUAUUGACAUCUGUGCGUUUGCAGUGGUGUUCCAGUUAAUGACAUGAUGUGCAGAAACUUAGGCUUGUUUUCCUGGAUAUUGGUACCAUAGUUGUGAGUAGCAAAGAGUUGCAUUGUUACUGUCACUACCAAAAGCUUUCAGGGUGAUAGUUACUCACCUUUGUUUGUUUGUUUUUUAAAUUACUGGAUCUUUGCAUUUCACUGGCAACUGACUUCAUGUGUUACAUACAAGUGUUACUCAGUGUUGUGUCAUCCCCCAGCCCUCCAAAUGCCUGCAAAUUGACUCUGAAAUGGCAUUUUCAUUACAGGUACUGCUGGCAUGCAGAUUUUCCCCUUCCUUGUUACUAUAGUGAAUAUCUCAAUACUUCUUUAACUGAAAUAUUAGUUCUAUCUAGUAUUAGAAAUAAAGUAUUAUUUUGGAGGGUGAUGAUUUAAGUA